AUGGGCGCCGACCUCUCCAAGCUGCGCGGCGGCGAGGCCGUCCAGCGUCGCUCAAAUGAGCCUUCCACUACGGGAGUUGCUACAGACGCUCCUGAUCUAAGCGCCGUCAAGAGCGGCGGACCUUCUGACCACCCCGAUCCCGAAACUUUUACGGAACAGGUCGUAAAUGACGUUGAAACUGUACAAGAAGCAAGUGCUACAAAAGCAGAUGACUCACUUGCCUAUCACCGCGAACAGGUCCAGCGUCUGCGUGGAGAACAGGCUUCUACGGACAAGGGCGACGAGUUGCUGCGUAGUGAACUCAAAGAGGCAGGCCUGCUAGACCAGCGCGAUGCUGCCGAGUCGAGCGAUGCAUCGUCGGAUGACGACAGUGACUCGGACGAUUCCGACGACUCGGGCGAGGACGUCGAUCCUAAUGUGACGCAAACGCUGGAUGUGGACGAAGGCGGUGCAGGAGACAAUGAGCCGCCCGCGACCAAAAACGAGGUCCUGGAGACAGAGAUCCCUACGCCUUCGAUCUCGCAAGUUGGCCCGGAAGAAAUGCCGCUUCUGCAACACAUUGGCCACAUUCACUCGAUUGUGGACAGCGUAGUGCUGGUUGCCCAAACGCCCGACCCUAGAGAGAUACAGGGCCUUCCUGUGGAGCCCAAACCAUUUGAUGUGCUCGACUCGGAGAGUCUGCUGUGCACUUCGGAUGGCCGCGUGAUUGGUCUUGUGUAUGAGACGUUUGGCUCCGUCCAAAAACCCAUGUACUCGAUCCGAUUUCCAAGCGUCGACGCGAUCGACCGAAGCCUCAUCCAGCCGGGUGUUCCGGUUUACUUCCUACCUACCAGCAGCACCUAUGUCUUGACGCGUGCCAUCCGCACGAAGGGCAGUGACGCAAGCAACAUCUGGGACGAAGAAGUCGGUGAAGACGAAGCAGAGUACAGCGACGACGAAGAAGAAGCUGCUGCUAAGCGCCGUGCCAAGCAGGAGCGCCGCGCGCGUACUGAUGAGGCGAAUGCAGGCGCCGUUCCUAGCAAUGAGAUGGAUCCUCUGGAAGCUUCACUGGGGCCGCUGGGCGGUUACCCUUCUGGCGAAGGCCCUAGCACGCGCGGAAGCAAGCGCAAGGAUAAGGCACGCCGUGGCCGUGGCGGUGCUUCGUUCGGCGACUUUACAGGUGGCGCACCGCGCAAGCGCGGUCGUCCGCAUGCCUAUAGACAGCCUGCUGCACCGCACAUCAACCCUCGUUUUGCUGGACAAUGGCUGCAGCCUGGCCCGAUGCCCUAUGGAAUGCCGAUGGGAAUGCCGAUGCCGCCCUUCCCCCCCAGCCCUUUUGGCAUGCCGCCUUUCGGUGGAAAUGCGCACGGCGCUUAUUCGCCUAACCAUGCCCAGAUGGACGCCCCGUCGGGUGCGACGUACGAUCCUCGCGCGCCGCACUUGAACCCCCGCCCUCCCUCGGGCUCCGACUCUCCGUAUACCCCGCAUUAG